AUGCAUCUUAUUCAAAGCUUAAUACGAUAUACCGGAUUUCAAGAGAAAAUUAAUAUAAUCAAUAAAGGCAUCAAUUGUAAGCCCGUCUGUUGCACCAACUGUGCAAGAUGCGUCCCCAAAGACAAGGCAAUCAAAAAAUUCGUGAUUAGGAAUAUCGUCGAAGCUGCGGCUGUCAGAGAUAUCACCGAGGCUUCAGUAUAUAACCAAUACACAUUGCCCAAACUUUAUGCCAAGUUGCACUACUGUGUGUCUUGCGCCAUCCACAGCAAAGUAGUAAGAAAUAGGUCUAAAAAAGAUAGGAGAAUCAGAACACCUCCACAGAGGAACUUCCCUGGUAGAGAUCAGAGAACCCAACCUCAGAGGAAAUGA